UCAGAUCCCGAUUUGAAAUCUCUAAAACACACUGGCAAGAUGGGCGCCGAAACGACUUCAAAUGAAUUCAAACUAAACGAUCCACCCAAUGAUGGAAUAUCUUCUGUCAAAUUCAGCCCAACUUCUUCAAAUUUUCUUAUUGCAUCAUCAUGGGAUAAGAGUGUCAGACUUUAUGAUGUUGGGAACAACAACAUGAGAAUACAGUACAGCCAUAAUGGGGCUGUGCUUGACUGCUGCUUCAGCAAUGCAGUCACAUCAUACAGUGGUGGGCUUGAUGCCAUGCUGAAAUCAUAUGACUUCAACACAGCAUCUGAGCAUAUUCUAGGCAUGCAUGAAAAGCCAAUCAAAUGUGUAGAAUACUGUGCUCCGCUUGGGUUGAUCAUCACAGGCAGUUGGGACUCCACCAUCAAAUUGUGGGACCCAAGGCAGUCAAAGUCUGUUGGUACCUACAGCCAGUUAGAGAGGGUAUAUACAAUGGCUCUUUCUGAUGACAAGGUUGUUGUUGGAACGGCUGGAAGAAAAGUUUUAGUUUGGGAUCUUAGGAAUAUGGACUACGUGCUGCAAAAAAGAGAAUCAAAUCUCAAGUUUCAAACAAGAUGUAUUAAAUGUUUCCCAAAUAAGGAAGGUUACGUGUUAAGUUCCAUAGAGGGACGUGUCGCUGUUGAAUAUUUUGAUCCAAACACUGAAAUUCAAAAGAAGAAAUACGCCUUCAAAUGUCAUCGGAUCAAAAAUGAGGGAAAGGAGCAAAUAUUCCCGGUCAAUGCAAUCAGCUUUCACAACAUGCACAAUACAUUCGCCACUGGAGGAUCUGAUGGCUUUGUCAACAUCUGGGAUGGUUUUAAUAAAAAGCGACUUUGCCAGUUUCACCGAUACCCGACCAGUAUUGCUUCGCUGGCAUUCAGUCAUGACGGGACGAUGCUCGCCAUUGCAUCUUCAUACAUGUAUGAAGAACACGAAAAAGAGCACCCGGAAGAUGCCAUCUACAUCAGGCAUGUUUCAGAUCAGGAAACGAAACCGAAGUGAUAUACCUGGCAGUUCCUUAUUAAUCGCCAUGACAAUGACUUUUCCAAGAACAACAUGUGAUGAAGAAUCGUUAGGAAACAUCGAUAUUAAUGUCGUUAAUACCAAGACGUUAUCAUUCUGUUUUGCGAAAAUCGCGUUAAACUUAAGGUUUAUUUCCUAAGUCACAUCUAUACGAGUUUGCCGAUAAGCCAGGUAUCGUGCCUUUCUCGCCCGUAUUGUGCAUGGAGCAAUUUUCAUCGGUUGGUUAAUCACAUGUUUAUCCCGGAGCUUUUCUGUAAGUUCCAUGUCAUUUCGUUUAAAAAAGGUAGAAAGUUGAAGAUCUUGCAGAUGUUUUGAUCAAAAUUAUUUGUUGCUUCGUUCUUAGUUUAUACUUCGCUUUCCUACACAGCUAAGUUCUUCCUUGUAUUAAAGACAUCAAAAAAUCACUCCAAACAUUAUUAGUUUUAUCGUUUAAACAGUUGUGUUGAUAAAAGCCCUAAGCUACUUACUACAACUAAAAUGGGUACGGCCAAGAUUGUUUCAUGUGAGUUUCUUAACCAAAAACCUGCGAAAAGACGUGCAACAAUGAUUUGAUAGUUAUACAAAAUGCAUUUGAAGAUAUCUUGGCAUUUUAUCUUAGUCAAAAGUUUAAAUGGUAAUAUGUAUUAUAUAUUUGCCUUAAUUAUAUUGUAUUUAGUAGUCCGCUUCAUGAACAUUUUGAUUUCUCUAUA